GUUCAACCGCGGCAGUAUAUUACUCCACGCUCGUGUCCCUUGAAAAGAUAAAAGAUGUAUCAAAGUUAAGAUAAUAUACGAGCCUCUUUCAGACUGGGAUAUUUAAAAAUAACUAGUGAUUAAAAUAAUUAGAUACAUUUAAGGACAGAUUUCACGCUCCUUUUUAAACAUUACUUCACUAUUUUGUUACUUCUUUUUAUCUAAUAAAUAACAAUAAUGAAACGAUUAGAUUUUCACACUGCGGAUUAUGUUGUUAUGGUGAUCUUUGUUGUUAUAUCUUCUGCGAUCGGAAUUUACUACGGCUUUUACAAGAAGCAGAGGACCACGGAAGAGUACAUUCUUGGCAAUCGGCAGAUACAUUUUGUUCCAGUUGCACUGUCGUUGGCAGUAACUUUUCAAUCCGCAGUUUCUAUAAUUGGAUAUCCAAGCGAAAUUUAUCUGUAUAGCACUAUGGUGGUUUAUACGAUCUUUGGGCUGACUAUUGCAUAUCUUAUACAGGCAUUUUUCAUCGUGCCUUUGAUGCAUCCACUGAGGCUGACCAGCGCAUACGAGUAUUUACGGAGGCGUUUCCAGUCAAGAGCAGUGCAACUACUCGGCAUGACAAUGGGCAUACUGCAAACGCUUCUAUAUGUCAGCAUUGUCCUGUACUCCCCAGCACUUGCGCUAGAAGCAGUUGCUGGACUCCCUGUAUGGUUAUCUAUUGUAAUAAUAGGACUAAUAGGAACUGUUUACACCGCUAUUGGAGGAAUGAGAACCGUGGUCUGGACUGAUACAUUCCAGUUUGUUAUGAUCUAUGGUGGUCUGGCUGUUAUCCUUAUACUGAGUGUAAAAGAAAUAGGAAGCUUAUCAAAAGUUUUCGAAUUGUCGUCGAAAGGUGGUCGGAUUAAAUUUGAUGAAAUAAACCCAGAUCCACGUGUACGUCAUACAGUGUGGGGAUGUGUUAUCGGUGCUACGUUUAACAUGCUUCCAAAUUGUUGUAGCCAGUCGGCAAUACAGAGGAUUUCUUCCAUAGAAAGAGCUAAGGAUGCGAAGAAUGCAACCCUUCUGAAUAUACCACUGGCGAUAACCUUCGCUUGCAUACUUGCAUUGACUGGGCUGGUUCUUUAUGCAUACUUUGUUAUAAAAGCAUGUGAUCCUUUGGCUGGUGAUCAAGUGUCAAAUCCGAAUCAGUUGAUGAUAUAUUUCGUCUUGAAUGCGUUAAGCGAUGUACCAGGACUUGCUGGGAUAUUUCUUGCAGCGGUUUUCAGCGGAGCUUUAAGUACCUUGUCUUCGGGUAUAAACUCAAUGGCUACAAACGCUCUACAGGAUAUCCUGUCUGGUUACUUACAGGAGGCUCAACAGAUUAAAAAGACAUUCAUUUUAAAGUUAUUAGUGCUAGUAUCCGGCAUUUUGACUGUUACAUUAGCGUAUCUAUCACAGUAUUUGACAGGUCCAGUGACACAGAUGUGCAGUACAGCUUUUGGUGCAGCCGGUGGUCCAAUUGUUGGUAUAUUUUUCCUCGGUGCUGUUUUUCCACAGGCUAACAAAAAUGGUGCUUUCGUAGGGGGAAUGUGUGGAAUUGCUAUCAAUAUGUGGAUUGCUCUUGGCUCCUUUUUAUAUGGAAAUAAAGCUCCGCUGUCACCUCCAGUCACUACAUCCGGGUGUUACCAAAAUGAAACGGACUUAACUCAGCUGAAUUUAACACUACCAACCGGAGGUUCAACAUUUGAUAUAUCUUCGGCUCGUUACGGGAAUAAUACUACAACUAUGGAUUUGCUCAAUGUUCAUCACAGUGUGAGUAACAAUCAUCUUGCCAUCUAUGAUUUGUCUUAUAUUUGGCUUGGAUUCAUAGGAUUUCUGAUUGUUAUAAUCACUGGCUUGGCUGUCAGUUUUAUUACAGGUAAAGAUAAAGAAUUUCCCACGGAACCGAUGUACAUCUUUCCUAUUUUACGACGUGUUUGGUCAUUUGAUGAAUCAACUGUACAUGGACAGCCAAGAACUGAAUACUGUUUAGUUCCAACUGACAAAGAAAUGAAAGUGAUUGAUUCCAAGAAGAAAAGCAUAGUAGAACCAACUAAUUGAAUUGCAAAGAAAACAAUGUGUAAUGGAAUACCAUAAGUGAUUUGUUUUUAGAAAAAUAAAUAAUAUGCAUACAUUCGUCAAAAGGCAAAAUAUUGUGUCAUUCAAGCGUCUAUAAUAAAUAUCUUGGA